AUGCAAGCAUCUUGCGCGAAAGGCUCUGCCGUGACUCUGGUGAAUGCCUUGGCUGCUUCACUGGGGGCUUCUGACGCACGUCCAGCCUGGGAGCACUUCCUCCAACGCACCACAUGCGGCAAGACUGUGAAGACGUACGCGGCCGCAGAGACGCUGCUCGUGUUGCUUUGGCAUCUGCGCAGCAUGGGCCGCCCUGCAGCUGCGACUUCACUGGAGCUUCUCGCUGGACGACUUGGUCCAGAGCAGCCGGACGUCGAGCCCGUGCUGAAGGUCUUGUUUCUUCUCAGUGGCAAGCUGGACUUGGAUCCGGGCCUCGGCGCUGUGUCACGGCAGGUAUUGUAUGAGACUGGCCACAUGUCCAGCACUAAAGCAGCCGCGGGCUUUUUGCGAACGCCGGGGAGAGAAAUGGAGCGGGAGCUGCAACACCACUUGGUGGGGCAUGUGGGUCAGGACCUUGCCCGUGGCAAUCGCUGUAGUGGUCCCGAAGAAGCUCCAACAAUGCGCCAGAGCCACAGGAAAGUCCAAGUCCAGGAUGUUGUGGAGGUGAAGGCAUCAGGUUUUUUCGAUGGCCCUAAGCAAGGAGAACGGAAGCGGGAUCCGGGAGAACCUCCAGAAGCCUUGGGAGAUAUGGCAAUCCAGAGGACCCAGAGGACGAAACCAGAUUUUCCGGAGCCGGACAGCGAGCCUCCGUGCCUCGAGCACUCUGUGCCGGCGCUCGGUUUUGGUGAUUCUUCUGGUGCUUCCCAUGUGGGCCAACGGCCAAGACAGUGGGAGCAUUUGUGGAAAAGUACGAUGUGGGCAUUGGAUGCUCGUGUGUCGCAUGACACCGGGGCCUCAAUGCCUCAGCAAGCAGCAGGCUCCCAGACACUUCGCUUUGCUUGGCUUGCGCUUCAUGGCGUUUCAUCUCGGUGCUUCAAGGUCUGCAAUGGCCUGGUACAGUGCAUCGCAGUGGGUCCUGAGCACGCCUUGUUGAAAGAAUGGGCAGAUAUCUGCAGCAGGUGUCUCGGACUCAGGCAGCUGUCUGCCACGCUCAGGCGUGGCGCAAACCCAACAGUUCAAGCACUAGGCGAUGUUCACCGAGAUCUUCUGAAUGUACUUGAUGGGAAGCUGUCCGCAGCUCUUCGAGAAAAUGCCAGUUUCCUGCAGUUCUGGAUCAAGCUGCAACCUUGGCUGCGGCAGCUGCAGGAGGUGCUGGCCCUCUCCAAGCAAGCCAGCCCAGCACGCCACCCAGCGCCAGCGACACUGGGGACCCUCCCACAAGGCCAGCUCUUGGACAGGCUCGUGAGUUUCUACCGUGCCCAGGAGCUGUCCGCUCUGCAGUGGCAAGCCUGCAGCCGCCCGGGCCAAUCGCCAGGGCCCAUGUCUGUGGCGUCCGUGGACCUGGUGCCCCUAUGGCUCCUGCAACGCUCCCUGCAGCCGCUCCUCCAGAGCCUCACAGCACGGGUGCGAGGCGAGGAUGGACGAGGGCGCAGCAUGACAGUACCGGAGUUCCUGAAUUCAGUCGGCGGCCCUCUGGCCACGCUGCCCCUGAAGCUGCGGAUCUUGGAUUGGGUCGAGGCGGCACAUGCAGAAGAAGCCAGCGACCCCCCCGCAGAAAGGUACUUUGGCAGCGUGGGUCGCGAAGCGAGUGUUUUUGUGUCAGACGACCACUUCGGCUUGUCGAGGCAGGAAGGCGAUGCUUGGCCGACACCUUCGCCGAUCCGGAGCACGGGCUUCCGAGUUUGCGUCUCCGUGCAAAGUGGCUCCCUCCCGCCUCCACCACCGAAACUCGAAGCCAGCAGGGAGAUCCCAGGUCCACGUGCUUUCAGAAGGGCUCCUGAGACCCUCCAGGUCGAAGUCCAACAGCCCACGCCGCGGACCCCAAGUGCAAGCUUGGAUGCUAAGCUGAAGCAGAAGCAGGCCCAGCAAGAGUACAAGGCUGCUUUGGAUGCGCAGCUGGCAGAACAGUCUGCGGAGCGCGCCCGGCGUCUGCAAACGCAGGAGGCACGCCCUGACGAGCAGCUGGCUAUUCUGCGGCCGCCCUCGCCCAGAACCUUGCAGGAGGCACGAGAUGCGUUAGAAGUGGCGCACCGCGAACGGAUGCAGCAGGCCACGGAGGAGGAACAGCUGCUGCGCUGGAAGCUGCAGCGCCUGCGGGGUUCCCCUGGGACGGCAGCGAGCGCAAAGUCCACACCCAGCAGCAGCAAUGCUUGGCGCCAGCGUCCCGGCAGCCUGGCAGCGAUGGCCCUGUCGCGCGCGGGUCUUGCCCAGAAUCCGGACGACCAGAUGGCAGAGGCAGAAACAGGGGAGGAGUGGGAGGAACACCAAAGUCACCAGAGCCUCAGGCUCCUCGCAAGGGCCGUGCUACAAAGUGUCUAUUCCCAGGCAGCAGAACUUGCACAGCUCUCAGAGCCCAUGGGGCCCACCAUGGGGGCUACGGCGGCUACGAGGAUCGCCCAGCCUGCGGCAGGCCUUGCAUCCUUCAACCGUGGUGGGCCUGAACCGCCUGAGCGGCUGGAAACAGAGUGUAUCAAGGAUGCAGCCAUGCAAGAUCAGGAGAAGGCCGAUCGCCAGGAUUCUGCGAUGGAGUUCGCCCUCUCAGCCGCGGCCCCAGUGGUCCAUCCCACUUGA